UUCGAACCUCGGUAGGAGGCGCGUGUGUCGUUGAGCGUGGCAAAUCAUUUAAAAAUUCAACGUGAUCGUAAUUCUCAAGGUAAACAAAAUGUCGGAGCCGGCGCCUUUGUCAAAGACGGCAAAGUACAAGAAGAUAACCAAACCCCUGCUUGAAAGAAAACGGCGCGCGCGCAUCAACCGAUGCCUCGACGAGCUGAAGGAUUUAAUGGUCGGCGCUCUAGAGAUCGAUGACGACAACCUGAGCAAGUUGGAAAAGGCAGAUAUCCUUGAGCUAACUGUUAACCACCUUACAAAGUUGCACCGGCCUAAAGAUCCUCUUCUGGAAGCGAAGAAGUUUCAAGCUGGGUUCGGACAGUGCGCUGCCGAAGCGUGCAGGUUUAUCAUGUCCGUUCCAGACUUAGAUUCAAAAGUUAGCCAAAAUUUAGUAGGACAUUUGUCAAGACUGAUUACAUCGCAGCCUUUGAGUAUUCAAGUAACAGAACGACCUACGUUUUCGCCACCCGUUUCCCCCUCUUCGGUUGUCUCUGAUAGACAGCAUUAUUAUAGCGACCAUGAACGAUCCUCCUCCGACGCUGAGGAUUCAGUUUACUCAGCGGAUAGUGCUUCCAAACAGUGGUCGUUCCCGCGACCUAAUAAUAAACAAAGUCUUCCAAUCGCUGGUUUACUGACAACUGUUGACAAAUUGGUUCCACAUCACACAGAACAUGCUAUGAAUGGUCAUCGGAAUGGCGCCUACUUCAACAAAGUUCCAGCUGAAGCCAAAGACAUCAUAUUACAGAAAAUAAGACAACACAUAAUGGACAAACGUGGUCAUGAAAAUAUAGGAAACGUCGAUGUUAACACCAACCCUGAAGUUCACCCAGAACGUUAUGUUCGUGAGGAAAUAUACAGAGACGACGCCGCGUAUUAUCCUCCACAGAGUUACCCCAGCAGUAAUGAUACUUUAGAUCUCCGAAAAGUUCGCUCACCGGCAAAAUCAGUCAACACACCCCAUUCACCAAAAGAGCAAGCUGCAUACAAAAUUGCCAAAGAAGUAGAAUCGUCUUCUGUCGAAAGAAAAUUACCAAACCCUCCAGAACCGUGCGAAUUGCCAAUGGAUUACAACAACUUGCCGCCUAAAAAGAAAAGGAAAUUAAUCGAGUAUCAGGAGUAUAAAAAACAAGAGGAGGCAAGACGACAGCUCGACGCUUUUUAUGCUGAGCAAAAAGAUCGUCUAGUUCAGGGACCACCAGCAGACCAUGAUAAUAUAGACGCGAACAAGUGGCGCCCUUGGUAAUCGCGACUUGAUUUUAUUAUUCUUGAGUUGUCACGACACUAAUUUGAGAAACAAACUCAUCAUACCACUUGAAGACUGAAGUUCGUAUUUAGUUAAAAUACAUAUGAAAUAUUGAUGGUCAUAAUAAAAUCUAUGUCAAUUCUCGAUAAUAAUAUUAUAAAAAACCAGCUGAUAGCUCCAAUUGCCUUCAAGUUGAACUUAUUCAAGAAGCGUUGCAAUUUUUUUCAGUGCCUUUUUUAAAUAAAUAUAUUUUUCGUUAGUUUUAGUUGGAGCGGUCAUCAGAAAUGGAAUUUUUCACCUGUUAAGGGAUCGAUUAAACCAUAAACUUUAAUAGUUAAUAAAUCCCUCUAAUUUUGAACUUUAAAAAAUGCAAUGGACGGCAUUAAAUAAUUUCACUUUUUGAUUGUGAUAUUAAUUCUUCCAUGACAAAGCUUUAAUUCGUUAUUAAAUUGUUAUAUAGAGAUUAGUUGUUAAUUUACAGAGGUGCCUUAUUUAAGAAGUAAUUUAGAUUAUGUUAUAUGUACUUAGUUAAGUUUAAGAUUUAUCACAUGAAUAUGUGCCAUGUAUUUUGAUCUCUAUGUCUUCCCAACAGAUACGAAAUCAUUUUGUAAUGGUUGAAAUUAUUCUGUUGAAUGUUUAUUUUUUGAAUUGAUAAUAUAAAUCUCGAUGAUUUAUUCAAAAUGUAAUAAUCAUUAUAUUAUACGAUUGUGUUUGUAUAAUUAAUAAUAAUCUGUCAUU